CCUCCAGUGUCGCGUGUCCUGCGUCACGCGCGACGAGGGAGGAGACUCUGGCCUCGAGCGCCUUUAGCUUUCACUUUCCCAGAUCAACAAAGCGUCUCCCCACCGCUUGUUGACUGUGUUGCUGGAAGGGUGUCGGAUUCUCUGGACGGAAAGUUUCGAUCGAAAGUUUUCUCAGCAGCUGCAGAGCUCAAAAUGAACGAGAUGGAUGAGGGGCCUCCAACAUCCACCAUCACGGAGAUGUGCACCACGUACUCGCAGGUAGUCUUCAGCCAGGUGCCCCGAAGCUUCCCACCAAACAUCCCGGUGAGGUGUCACUACACAGUGACCUCGACCCUGCAGCCGCACCGCAGGGACUGGGUCGGCAUUUUCAAGGUUGGAUGGAGCACCACAAAGGACUACUACACCUUUGUGUGGGCAAAUCCCACACCUGACUCUGCAGACGAGGAACAUCUGGGGCCAUACGUGAUCUUUGACGCCUAUUACCUGCCCAAGGAGGAUGGAGAGUUCUACCAGUUUUGCUAUGUGGAUAGCAGUGGCCAGGUACGCGGUGCAAGCACCCCCUUUUGCUUCGAGAGCCCGGUGGAGUGUAGCCCAGAGUACAGCUUUGAGAAGGACCUUCUGGUCAUCACAACCCAGGAGCAGGUGGAACAGGUGGAGAAGGAGAAGCUGGAGCUUCAGAAGGAGAUGGAGGAGCAGAGAGAAGCCACUGAAAUCCUGAGAGCUGAACUGGACGAGAGGCUGCUGGAGAUUCGACGGCUCAGGGAGUACAAUGCAGACCUCGUGAACGAGAUGGGCACCCUCAAGCAGCAACACACCGAGAAGGAGAUGGCGCAGGAGCAGAAGGUUGAGCAGGUUGACUUGACGGAGAUACAAACACAAACGGAGAUGCUGCUCACCCAGCCGGAGCAGCUGGCCCACCACCUUGAGGUGGACAGCUUGUACAAAGAGAAAGAGGACCUCGAGGAGACUGUGUCCUCUUUGAACGAGAGAUAUGAAAAGACAAUAAUGAAGGUCAAUCAUCUGAAGCUUGAACAAGAAGACCUGAAAACGAGGGCUGAGGCCCAGGAAGAGGAAAUCCUACAACUGAACCUUAGGAUUCGGGAGCUCGAGCAGGAGGGGCUGCAAUGGCAGGAAAAGCAGAGCAGGCUGCAGGAUCAGAUUCAGCUGCUACAGGUGGACCUCCAGAGCAGUCAGAAGGAGAACAUGAAGCUGUGUGGAGAGCUUCUGGAGCUGCGUGCACAAGGACAGCAGGUGCAGGCACUGCAGAGCGAGAACCAGGUGCUACGCAGGAGCCUGUCAGGGCAGGAGCAGGAGAAGAAAACUGAGACCCACAGCAGGGUGUUGGACAAGCAGCUUCAGGAGGCAAAAGAGCAGCUGCAGCAAGAGAGGCAAAGAUGUGAGGACAUGCAAAGACAAGUUGGUCGGCUGCAGGAGGAACUGCAGCAGGUCCAGAUGCAGCUCACAAGAACCUCCAGGUCCCUCGCAGAGAAGGAACAGAUGAGCAGUAAACUGGAGUGUCAGCUGUUGGAAGCACGCAGAGCCGCAGAGGAGCAAAUGUGCAUGGCAGAGCUUCAGAAAGCAGAGAAGGAGGAACUUUUGAAGGAGAAUGAGAAACUGACAGAAGACAUCCAGAGGCUCCGUGAAAAGCUCGCCCAGGUCCACAUGGUGCCCCCCAGCACCCCGGCAUCGCUGCAGAACCCCAACUCUUACUUCCCUUCGGCAGCCACCCCUGGAACCCAGAACUCCGUGGCAAGCUCUCUCUUUUUCGGGAACCCUUUUCAAACACAAGACGACAGCACAGAUACCAGGGAGGAGAAGGUGUGCUGCUACUGCAAGGAGGCCUUCCCUGACUUGACCGCGGCCGAACUGGAGCAGCAUGAGCAGAACCACAAGGUGUGUCCCUUCUGCGCCUGUAUCUGUGAUUCCAUGGAGCAAGCAGAGUUUGAGGAACACGUUUACAAGCAUGAGGAUUAACAGCGCCUUCUGAAGCCCAGGAUCUGAAGAAGCAUCGCCAAGGAGCCUUAUAUGGGAGUGUCCAGAAAGAGCAUCCAUGAGGUUGAGGAGGGCAGGAUUUGCAAAACUCUUCUUACUAACGUCUCAUUCGUACACCAAGUGGGACAAAUGACCAAAUCUAGUUACCUCAAUAAAGCAACUAAGAGCUGAAGUGAUGCAAAAGCCAACAUAGAAAGUAGCCUCCAAGGGACACUUAAACAUGAUCUUAACAAUCUGAACUGCAGUGUCAGUAAACAAAAUUAAAAUUAAAUUUAACCAUUUUUUUUAAAGUAUAUCUAAAUUUUAAGUGCUCUAGCAUAUAUUGGUAAUGGUUCUUUUCUGACUGAUUUCUUUUUGAAUGUCUUUCACAUCAUCUUUAACAAUAUUAUUUAUGGAAAACAAAGUAUACUUGCAUUUUUAAAUUUGUCAUAUUUACUUGCAUAUAACAACUUUUAACCAUUGUUUAAACAGGGACAUGUUAUUUCUAGUCAUUAUAUUAAUUCUUCUUAUAAUGUUUCAAUUAAUGAUAAAAUCCAUAUCACAUUAAAUUAAGAGAGGAAUGUCUGUAAUUCUCAUCUGGUUUUUCGUAGGCAAAGCAAGGAUUUGGUAUGUUUUUGCUUGUUUGUAAAUGGAAGCAAUGUCCAGCAACAUUACUUUCAGCCCGAAAUAUUGCUAGCCUGUUUGAAUUAGCAUACGUAUACAAGUAUACAAACUGUUAUAUGUAUGAAGAAAUGUAAUAAAUGAAUAAGCUGAAUGUG